AUGAACGGCCCACUCCAACUAGCGUUCUUUGCUGUCAAACUCCUCAGUCUCCGCGCUCUGAUGGCCCCAGAAACUCCUGAGUUAAAGUCAAAUUCAACUUCAUGUCUUUGCUAUCAUUAUCCCAGUGCUCUUGUGGAAGGCGAGUCCUUCGUGAACUUGAUGGCUCAACUCAGCUCUACUACCUUACGCAAUUUCUGGCCUCGCCACAGCCGGACAAACUUGAUCAUCUCAACUAAUUUCGUCAUUUACUUAUUCUUCUGUGGAUCUACUGAAGAACAAGUUGCAAAGGCGUACGAUCUACUCCAGAAGCAUCAAGGCGCCCUGCGCGAAAUGGUGAAGAUCUCAGACUGGGCCACUAUUGGGUUGGUUCGGCCAUCACUUUUGAGAACCGAAUCAUUCUUUCAUGGGGCUGUUAAAGGUAUUAGGUUAGCUGAAAAGUGACCAUUACGCCUUGGCUUCGACUAUCAAAAAUAUUCGUGUGAUAAAGCGAAGGAGAACUAUCUGUUUUGAUUGCGG